AUGGAUGAUUUACUCAUCAACAGUGAACAUGUAAAAUUGAUCCUUCUUGAUUUUUCAAAUUCUUUUUAUUCUUUUGAUGGAAAUUAUGAACUCAAUGAUCUUCGGAGAUUAGAAUCAUCAUUGAAAAAGAAAUUCUCAUUGCAACAAGAAGGAAAAAAGAAAUGGCUCUUGAAUCGUGAAUUGAAAUAUUCGGAUUUCUUUCCUGUGGAGUUUAUGAAUGACAAGGAAUUUAUUUUGAAUCACAUCAAAAAGUACGAUUAUGGAUUGCAAUUUGCAUCCACACAAUUAAAACAAGAUCGAGAGUUUGUGUUAAAAGUGGUUCAACAUAAGGGAGAGGAACUUCAAUUCGCAAGUUACGACCUUCUACAGGAUAAAGAAUUUCAAUUGAUAGCUGUGAAACAAAGUCCAAGCUUUUUCAGAAUUUCAUCUUCAUAUGCUCGAGACAAAAAGGAGUUCUUGUCUUUGGAAAUGGUCCAACAAAAUGGAUUGAAUUUGAUACAUGUUCCUUGUAAUUUCAGUCAAGAUAGAGACAUUGUUUUAACUGCUGUCAAGCAAAAUAGAGAAGCUCUUCAAUAUAUUGGAGAUAGUUUCAUGAUAUCAAACAAGGAAAUUAUAUUGGAAGCAAUCAAAAAAGAUAAGAAGGCACUUGAGUUCGUUCCAAAAGUAAUACUCUUGGAUUGUGAAUUCAUGUUGAGAAUGAUCAAAGAAAUAUUUCCAGAAUUUUCUCAUUUAAAUUCUUUUGAUUACUCACAAAAAGAAGUCAUGAUGAAACUUGUUCAAGAAAAUGGCAAGUUACUUGAAUUUGCAAGUUCUGAACUCAAGAAUGAUCGAGACAUUGUUUCAAAUGCAGUUACCAAAUGGUUCCUUCGAUUUGCAUCUAAUGUCCGUGAUACUUUGGAACAUGUGUCUGCUGAAUUAAGGAACGACAAAGAACUUGUAUUACAUACUGUCAGACAUACUGUCAUACAAGAAGGAUUUUGUCUAAACUAUGCAUCUGAUCAGUUGAAGAGUGACAAAGAGGUGGUAUUAACAGCUGUUAGAAAAAAUGGUUAUGGUCUUUGUUUAGCAUCAAAAGGGUUGAAGAAUGACAAAGAGGUAGUAUUAACAGCUGUUAGCAAAUAUGGUUGUGGUCUUAAAUAUGCAUCUGAGGAAUUGAGAAACGACAGAGAAGUGGUAUUGGAAGCUGUCAGACAAAAUGGUUCUGCUCUCGGGUAUGCAGGUGAAAUGAUGAAAGGUGACAAAGAAAUUGUAUUGGAAGCCAUCAAACAUGGUGGUUCUCUGAAAUAUGUUUCUCGAGAACUUUUGAGUGACAAACAAUUCUUAUUACGAGUCGCAAAGUGUGGAUAUAAGAACACUAUGAUGUAUCAGAAGAAAUGA